AAAAGAAAGCGGGGGGAGGAAGGAGAAGUGAAGGGAAAUGGAAGGGAAGGAAAGGAAGGUCCCUAGAGAUCUCUUCUACCUUUUGCAGCUCCACUGGCAGCUCAGUGAGUGUGCAAACUAUUUCAGUUGUGGGAGAAGCUGCAAAGAGAGUUUCUCAGAACUUCAUCAUUCCGGACAACAGGAGGACAUUUUCGAAGAUUUUAACAAUUCCUAUUGCACUAAAAAUUAAGGAUGAUUAAGCCAGGGGUGGGGAGCAAAUUAUGUGAACUAAGGAACUUUAGACAGAAAGUUUGGAACCAGGAAAUCCACGUUGUUCCGAGCCAGAAGCCACUUUCUGGCCAGUGGUGCCCAUGCUGAUAUCUGAUGGCUUGGAAGUAGUGUUAGGACACUGAGUUACAUCCUUUCAGCCAGCAGGAGGAGAAAAGAACUCCAAGGAAGAGUUCAGAUCCCGCGGUUUUGAGAGCCUGAAGCAACAGACAGCAUCAGUGCCUUUUCAUCCUUGGGCCCUACGCAUGACGUUGAAGGACAUCAAAAGCAAGGAUGUUAAGUUUGCCAAUAUCCUGCACGCAGUGGGAGAAUUUGGCAAAUUCCAGCGGAGGCUGGUAGCCCUCACCUUCAUCCCCGGCAUCUUGUUGGCAUUCGUGCACGCUGAGCACCUCGUGUUCACAGACCAGGAGCACUAUUGCAACACCAGCUGGAUUCUGGCAGUGGGCCCCAACCUCUCAGAGUCUGAGCAGCUGAAUCUGACCCUUCCACGAGCACCCAGUGGUGGUUUCCAGAUGUGUCUCAUGUACUUGCCUGUGCCUUGGGACUUGGGUUCUAUCAUCCAGUUUGGCCUCAACCACACUGCUACAUGCCAACAUGGGUGGAUCUAUCCUAAAGCCAAAACUCGAUCAUUGAUCAGUGAGUUUGACCUGGUAUGUGGCAAAGAGCCAGAUGAGGAAAGCUUGAAGUCCAUAUCCAUGGCUGGCUUCCUGACAGGAUCUCUCAUCUUCGGGUUCAUAAAUCACAUGCUGGGCCAUUACCCUGCCAUCCUGAUGUCACUGCUGGGGCUGACCAUCUUCAACUUCGGGACAGCCUUUGUGAGGAGCCUUCAUCAGUAUUUUUUCUUCCGCUUCCUUGCCUCCCAAGCAGUGAUGGGUUACACAAUCAGCAGUGUGUGUUUAGCCAAUGAAUGUCUAGUGGACAACCACCGAGCCCAUGCCAUCUUCCUGGAGCACUGCUUUAUCUCUGUGGGUGUCCUCUUCCUGACGGGACUCAGCUACAGUCUUCCCCACUGGCGGCUGCUGUUCCUGGUGGGAGGAGCACCUGUGUUCCUGUUCAUCUUUUACAUCUGGAUACUCCCAGAGUCCCCACGGUGGCUGAUGAUGAAAAGGAAGGUGAAAGAAGCCAAACAGAUACUGUGCUAUGCAGCCAGUGUGAACAAGAGGACCAUUCCUUACAACCUCCUAAAUGAGCUGCAGCUGCCUGGAAAGAUGAUGACUGAGGCAUCUGUCCUGGAUUUUUAUUACAACAGGCACCUCCGCAAAGUGAUCCUGGUGGUGGGCUGUAUAUGGUUUACUGUCAGUUAUACCUAUUUUACACUGACCUUUAAGAUGAGAGACUUUGGAGUGAACGUUCACUUCAGGCAGGCCGUCUCUGGAAUCAUGAAGGUACCUGUCCAGCUGUGCUGCAUCGUAAUCUUUGAGCACAAAGGGAGGAAGUGGAGCCUGAUUGUGACUCUCACCCAAACCAUCAUCUUGUGCUGUCUCCUUUUGAUCUUCCAAGAUACAGAGCUGAAAUCCACCACAAUGUUGAUGUCCGUGCUUGGAGAGUGCAGCCUGACUACAACUUUCACUGUCCUGUUCAUCUACACAGCUGAGCUCCUUCCCACUGUCCUCAGGGCCACAGGGCUGGGGCUGGUGAUUCUGGCCUCAUCAGGUGGAGUCAUGUCAUGUGAGACAAUCAUCUACCAGAUCCUGUCCCUCCAGCCCAUCGUGCUCUGCUGCAUCUUAUCCUGUGUGGCCUUGUACUUCUCCUUCUUGCUGCCAGAAACACAAGAUCAGCCCCUCUCAGAUAGUCUGGAAUACUUCUCAAAGGCUAGCCUCCAGAAAGAGACGACCCAGAACUUUGAAGACACUUUUGGGAAAAGGAACAGUGAUAUCAUGGAGAUGAUGAUGGCGGAGGACUCAGCAUCUGAUGAUGUGUCUGAGGAAGCAGCAAAGAACACAGUUCUCAAUGCUAACAUUCUGAGGUUGGAUGCAGACAUUUCCUCCACCCCGGCUGUGGAGCCAUCUGCACCUGAGGAAGCUCAUGGUCAGGCUCCCUGAGGGCCCGGCGCCCAGACCCGCUUGGGUUGGAGUUGAGCGACUGGAUACAUUUAUGAAUUCCAGGCCCAGUCCAUGAGGCUGGCAGGGUCAGUCCUGCUCUGAAGCAAGC